AACUGCCAUACUACUAGUAGUUGACCUUGACACUUGAUUAUCAACACCAAACACACCACAAUCCACCCCAUUCCUUCUCGACUGAAAUCUAAAGACCCCAAUCACCACAAUACCACACGCAGCAUUCAUCCCAAACCACCACUGACUUCCAAACCAUACCAUGCACCCACCCACCCACAAUCAACAAUAACAUCCCCACCACCACCACCACCACCACAAUGCCAUCCACAACCACCACCACCUUCCCAAUCCUAACCCUCGACCUCCUCCUCACCACCCUCACCAAAUCCCUCCUCCACCCGCUAACCCCCCCCUUCCUGCUCCUCUGUCUCCGCGCCCAAGCAACCCCCUACACCUCCCCCUCCUUCCUACUAACCAGCAUCUACGCCCUCCUCCUCACAGCCUUCCACAUCCUUCAUCACCUGAACGCGCAAUUCGCUCACGGACCGUCCCGGACCGUCGAUCUCUCUGAUGAAGUGGUGGUUGUUACGGGCGGUGCGAGUGGGUUGGGAUUGUUGAUUGCGAGGAUUUAUGCUCUUAGGGGUGUGAGGGUUGCGGUUUUGGAUUUGAUUGAGGUGGAUUUGGGAGAUGGGAGUGGGAUUGGGAUGGGGGAGGUGGGGUCGUAUAAGUGUGAUGUUGGGGAUAGGGGGGAGGUGGAGAGCGUGUUGGGGAGGGUGGAGAGGGAGUUGGGCCCUCCUACGGUGUUGAUUCAUUGCGCUGCAGCACGCAUCAACGGUCUCCCCCUGCGUCAACUCUCGUCCCACGCCUUCCAGAAAACCAUCCAGACUAAUCUCCUCGCCGCCGUGAAUGUCUAUCAACUCUUCUUGCCUCGCAUGCUGGAAGCCCCCAAUGGAGGUACCAUCGUCACGGUCAGUUCGGUGCUCGGGCAGCUGUGCGCGGCCGGCCUGGCCGACUACUCGGCCAGCAAGGCGGGGUUGAGCGCCCUCCAUCGCUCGCUGGAGGCGGAACUCCGUGUCUCCGGGGAUGAUGCAAAAGUGAAGAUGAUCUUGGUGGAGUCGGGCCAGAUUGCAACGCCGCUGUUCGAAUCCGUCAAAACGCCUAACCGUUUCUUCGCCCCCGUCCUGGAACCGGUCCAGGUCGCGCAGGCCAUUGUCUCAGCGGUCGACAGCGGGAGAGGCGGCGUGAUUAGAUUGCCCGCGUUUGCCAUGCUGGUCAACUGGUAUGCGGUGUUACCGGCGAGUGUCCAACGAUUGGCGCGAUACCUGAGCGGGAUCGACAGCGCCGUAGCACAAGCCGCGGAUUCGUCGGGCCGGCAGUUGCAGAGCGAGCUAGAUCACGUGAAAGAGGACUGACCAGAACAGCUGCAAAAUACAUAACUGUAAUGUCCAUGUAUAUAGUCGACAAUUUACUCGGUCUAGCGCAGCCUUCCCGAUCUGAAGUAGAGCAUCUAUUGCUCCCGCGCCAGGAUCAUCUUCUCGCGCUCGCUCUGUCUCUUGGGCAGGUUCUCCUUCUUGGUGUGUCUGCGAACGUUCUCCUCGCGUCUCUUGAUCGCUCCCAGUUCCUCCCGCUUGAUCUCGCGUGCCUUCAUAAUCGGCUUCGGCACGUGACGCUGGCGGCGGAUUCUCUUGAUUUCCGGCAUGUGCGAGUAUCUCUUGAUCAGCGCCUGGUCGUACUCGAGCUUGGCCCGGUGGCGAGCGCUCUUGAUUCCGCUGCGCUCGGAUGCAUUCGAGCGCCAGAGUCGAAUGUUGCCAUCGUCGGAGCCGGACAAGACAUACUUGUUGUCGGGAGUGAAUUUGGCGGAG